CCGAGGCUGGCCGAGACGGCCCCGAGGCUAGCCGAGAUGGCCCCCAGGCUGGCCGAGAUGGCCCCCAGGCUGGCCAAGAUGGCCCCGAGGCUAGCCGAGACGGCCCCCAGGCUGGCCGAGAUGGCCCCCAGGCUGGCCGAGAUGGCCCCCAGGCUGGCCGAGAUGGCCCCGAGGCUAGCCGAGACGGCCCCCAGGCUGGCCGAGAUGGCCCCGAGGCUAGCCGAGACGGCCCCC